CUGCUUCCUAUUGGAUCGCGGGCUGUAGGUGGCCUAUCCUGGGAUCGGCCUCCUCCUUAUCGACGUUGCCAAAACCCGCUGUGGGUGUAAAAGUGUGUGUCUCCUUUUUUUGUUUUUAGCGGAAAACUGGAACCUUAACAGGAGCAGGAGGGGGUCUGGACUAGUCCCUUUAAUAAACAUGCUUCUGUUAUUUAUGAAAAGGAGACCUAAGACCUCGCAGAAGUAGCCGACACCUCGCAGAGGAAGUCACUGAAAGAAGAGCAGAGGAAUGCUCAGGAAGGACAACUCCCGCUCAUACAGAGAGUUUAACGAUGAAGGUGACAGCGGUGACAAGAGGUCUCCAGAAUAUUUUGACGAUGCCGCUGAAGAUCUGGACCGAGAGGAGCUCAACGGCAGCAUCUCACAAGAGGACGACAUCAGGGGGAGCAGUCCAUCGAUGCGGUUCAGUAAAGCCUGCCUGAAGAACGUCUUCACGGUGGUGCUCAUCUUCAUCUACCUGCUGCUGACGGCGGUGGCAAUCUUCCUCGCCUACCAGACCAUCAACGAGUUUCUGGAGAAAUACAGAAACCCUGUGAUGUCGGUCAUUUACAAGGAGGUGGAAUCUUUUUCACCACCAGGUAUCGCUCUGUACCCGGGCAAAGCUCAGCUGUUGAGCUGCAGGCAUCACUUCCACGACUACAUCCCCCCUCUAGUGGACCCAGGCAAGCCUCAGGAAGGAGACUGUGUGAUCAAGGAUGUGACUUACUUUGGACCCUUUUCCAAUCUAACACAGAAAAGAGCGCUGGUCGUCCGCGGGCCGUCUGACGUCAGGAAGAAGGAGCUGAUCUUCAUGCAGUUCAGUCACAAUGAAACCGAGGAGGACUUCAGCGCCAUCACCUACAUGCUCUUUGCAAAGUUCAGCGACUUGAAUGACAGCGUGAAUGAAUCCGUGUUCAUGAAGGACUGCGAGAAGAAUUACUCCAUGUGGACUUUCUCCGGAGGGUUCAGAACCUGGGUCAAAAUGUCUUUAGUGAAGACGGCGGGGAGGAGCGAGGAGGCCGUCGAGUUCCGACAAGAGUCGGCCGUGGUGAAAUUCAACGACAAGCGGCCGGAGGCGGAGCAAACCAAUCAGCUGUUCUUCGUCGUCUUUGAAUGGCGGGAUCCUUAUGUGCAAGAAAUCAAACUGAUCGUUACUGCUAACCCCUGGAGCUCCGUGGCCAUCCUCUGCGGCGUCUUCAUGGCGCUCUUCAAGGCCGCUAACUUUGCCAAGCUGUCCGUCCAGUGGAUCAUCAGAAUGCGUAAGAGGCAUCUGAGGAACAAGGAGCGAGAAAUGAACCCCAUCACUGACAGCUGAAGAGCUGAGCGGGGGCGUGUCCUAACUGACUUUUGAGGGAGUGGCCUAAAGUGUGAUGGGCGCAUAAAAAAACACUAUUAAAUAUGAAUUAUUAACCCUUUCCUACCUCAACCAAUCAUAUCUACUUUAUAACACCAGAUAAAGACAACUUUAGUUAAAUGUUUUAAUGACACAAAAAGAAGAUUUAUGAUCAAAGUCAAAAUUUAAAGUGCUUCAAAAAGUGCUUGUAAAGUCCUGCUCUGUCUAACUGGAAAUGUGUUGGUCCUGACGCGUUAGUUCAUUGUAAACAAGACAGAGAGCAUGACUUCCCCAUGCUCCUGUCUUAUGAAAUAGAUGUGCAAAUAUUUUAUUUACAAUUUAAAGUACAAAAAAAUAUAUUCUACAAAGAUAUGUGAAGAAAAACUACGAGCAGCCUGCUGCAAAAAAAACAACCUAAUAGUUAGUUUAAACAAAAGUCUCUGACAGGGCAGAAAGUUGAGGAUUUUUUUGGGGUGGCCAAUCAGAUUUCUAGGGGGGCCCAUGUCGCCCCUCUGGACACGCCCCUGGAGCUCACACAGUCUGACCAGACCUGAAUGAUCCAAGUGAUCUAUCAUUAAUGUGUUCUGACUGGAAAUGUCCAGAUUUAUUAUUUUACUCAAAAUGGUCAAAACUUCUCUGAAUUUAUAGUUUUUUUUUUGCAUUUCAUAAAUAUUUUCCUGAACAUUCCUGGAAAUGAAGUUUCUGUAGGCGGCGCACAUGAAAGAAAAAAGUUGCUGAAGGCGGAGACGCUCGUUUUGUACGUUGUGGGUUCGAGAGCUUUCUAAAGAACGUUUCAAGUUUUAAACUGUUUCUGAAAAUGUGAAGUUUGUUCAAAAUGUUGCUGGAUUUGUUUUAUCAUCAAUCUUACUCUAAAGGGAAUGUUGUGUGUGUGUGUGUGUGUGUGUGUGUGUGUGUGUGUGUGUGUGUGUGUGUGUGUGUGUGUGUGUGUGUGUGUGUGUGUGUGUGUGUGUGUGUGUGUGUGUGUGUGUGUGUGUGUGUACUUAUUCAAGAACAUUUCAUGAUUAUUUCACAGAACAUAAAGAGAGUUCUUCUUCCUCCGUCACAGAGAUCUGAUGUUUAUUUUUUUCCUGAUGAAGUCUGAAACUGUCCGUCUGUCUCACUGCUGAGGUUUUUAUCUGAUUGUAGAAAACUAAGGAUCUGUGUGUGUGUGUGUGUGUGUGUGUGUGUUUGUUUGUCGCUGUUAAAUUUGUACUUGAAUUAACGUCUUGAUUGUGUUGUGGUCAGUAUUUUAUCCCAAGAGCUUUCUUUUGAGAUAAAUAAAAAAACAUCUAUUCAAAGUGA